GAGGACAGGACAUUAAGAUCCAGAUCAAGCUCUCGUCCGGACAUCAGACUUGACUGCGGAAGUACUUCAACUUGGACGUCAUAGGACACAGAUUUAACCAUGAUCAGGACUUUCCUCCUUCUGCUUCUGCUUGUCGGAAGCAACAGUCGCGUUUUAAACAAACGUGACUCAGGCGAGCCAGACGAGUGGUCUGGUGAGCCAGUCGAGUGGUCUGGUGAUCACCCCCCAAAGCAUACCACCGCCCCCCCAGUGAGGAGGACCAGAUACCCAAAGACCACCACCACCCCAUCUACGACCACAGACACCACCACCACAUAUACGACCACAUACACCACCAGCCCGACCACGGACACCACCACAUACACCACCACGUACACCACCAGCCCGACGACCACGUACACCACCCCAUACACCACCACCCCAUCUACGACCACAUACACCCAUGGACCGACGACCACGUACACCACCCCAUAUACGACCACAUACACCACCAGCCCGACGACCACGUACACCACCCCAUAUACGACCACAUACACCACCAGCCCGACGACCACGUACACCACCCCAUAUACGACCACAUACACCACCAGCCCGACGACCACGUACACCACCCCAUAUACGACCACAUACACCACCAGCCCGACGACCACGUACACCACCACAUACACCACCACCCCAUAUACGACCACAUACACCACCAGCCCGACGACCACGGACACCACCACAUACACCACCACCCAAUAUACGACCACAUACACCACCAGCCCGACGACCACGUACACCACCAGCCCGACCACGGACACCACCACGUACACCACCAGCCCGACCACGGACACCACCACCGCCAAAGUGAAGCCCUACUACCACCAUCACCACCAUUACUACUACUACCACCACCACCCCUCUUCCAACUCCACUGCACACCACCACCACCCCCACCACAACUCCAGUGCACACCACCACCACCACCACCACCACCACACCCCCCACAACUCCAGUGCACACCACCACCACCACCACCACCACCACCACCACCACCACCACCGAAGCAACAGUCGCGUUUUAAACAAACGUGAAUCAGGCGAGCCAGACGAGUGGUCUGGUGAGUCAGACGAGUGGUCUGGUGAUGGAGUCACUUCCACCACUGUACAUCAGCCCACUGAGUACACCCAUGGACCGACGACCACCACCCCAGAGACGAUCACAUACCCAUGGUACUAUAUCACCAGCACAGAGACGACCACAUACACCACCACCCCGACCACGUACACCACCAGCCCGACCACGUACACCACCACAUACACCACCACCCCGACCACGUACACCACCAGCCCGACCACGUACACCACCACAUACACCACCACCCCAUACACCUCCACCACAUACACCACAUACACCACCACCCCAUACACCUCCACCACAUACACCACAUACACCACGACCCCAUACACCUCCACCACAUACACCACAUACACCACGACCCCAUACACCUCCACCACAGGGCCAACCACCACAGAGACGACCACCACCAAAGUGAAGCCCUACUACCACCAUCACCACCAUUACUACUACUACCACCACCACCCCUCUUCCAACUCCAGUGCACACCACCACCACCCCCACCACAACUCCAGUGCACACCACCACCACCAUCACCACCACCACCCCCACCACAACUCCAGUGCACACCACCACCACCCCCACCACAACUCCAGUGCACACCACCACCACCAUCACCACCACCACCCCCACCACAACUCCAGUGCACACCACCACCACCACCACCACACCACCACCCCGACCACGUACACCACCAGCCCGACCACGUACACCACCACAUACACCACCACCCCGACCACGUACACCACCAGCCCGACCACGUACACCACCACAUACACCACCACCCCAUACACCUCCACCACAUACACCACAUACACCACGACCCCAUACACCCCCACCACAUACACCACAUACACCACCACCCCAUACACCUCCACCACAUACACCACAUACACCACGACCCCAUACACCUCCACCACAGGGCCAACCACCACAGAGACGACCACCACCAAAGUGAAGCCCUACUACCACCAUCACCACCAUUACUACUACUACCACCACCACCCCUCUUCCAACUCCAGUGCACACCACCACCACCCCCACCACAACUCCAGUGCACACCACCACCACCAUCACCACCACCACCCCCACCACAACUCCAGUGCACACCACCACCACCACCACCGAAGCAACAGUCGCGUUUUAAACAAACGUGAAUCAGGCGAGCCAGACGAGUGGUCUGGUGAGUCAGACGAGUGGUCUGGUGAUGGAGUCACUUCCACCACUGUACAUCAGCCCACUGAGUACACCCAUGGACCGACGACCACCACCCCAGAGACGAUCACAUACCCAUGGUACUAUAUCACCAGAGAGACGACCACGUACACCACCAGCCCGACCACGUACACCACCACAUACACCACCCUCAUAUACGACCACACCACCACCCCGACCACGUACACCACCAGCCCGACCACGUACACCACCACAUACACCACCACCCCGACCACGUACACCACCAGCCCGACCACGUACACCACCACAUACACCACCACCCCAUACACCUCCACCACAUACACCACAUACACCACCACCCCAUACACCUCCACCACAUACACCACAUACACCACGACCCCAUACACCUCCACCACAUACACCACAUACACCACGACCCCAUACACCUCCACCACAGAGACGACCACCACCAAAGUGAAGCCCUACUACCACCAUCACCACCAUUACUACUACUACCACCACCACCCCUCUUCCAACUCCAGUGCACACCACCACCACCCCCACCACAACUCCAGUGCACACCACCACCACCACCACCACACCACCACCCCGACCACGUACACCACCAGCCCGACCACGUACACCACCACAUACACCACCACCCCGACCACGUACACCACCAGCCCGACCACGUACACCACCACAUACACCACCACCCCAUACACCUCCACCACAUACACCACAUACACCACGACCCCAUACACCCCCACCACAUACACCACAUACACCACCACCCCAUACACCUCCACCACAUACACCACAUACACCACGACCCCAUACACCUCCACCACAGGGCCAACCACCACAGAGACGACCACCACCAAAGUGAAGCCCUACUACCACCAUCACCACCAUUACUACUACUACCACCACCACCCCUCUUCCAACUCCAGUGCACACCACCACCACCCCCACCACAACUCCAGUGCACACCACCACCACCACCACCACCACCCCCACCACAACUCCAGUGCACACCACCACCACCACCACCGUAGAUAGGACACAGUAUAUCGGUAGCACCCCAAUGUGGACCGCCACCAUCACGACCCCAGCGCAGACCACCAUGCUACAUUUGAUAGUGAAACAUCUACAAUAAAUGAACAAGUGAAAUAAA